AUGUCAGCACCUUCCGCAAUCCCACCAAUCGCCCCAACACCCCUACCAGGGGCUGGGCCAAAGGCGCCAUUGGGAACUAUCCCAGUUGUUUGCGAUCAAGCUUCGACGUCCAAGUUGGCGGACCUUGGAAUUGUCGAGCUCGAUUGUGAAGACAGCCUCUGGCAUACAUCGACACUCGUUUCUUCAAAGUCAGCACAUCGUCGACAUGCAGAUAUAAUAUUGUUUGAACGAGAUCAACUCGUCAUCAACACCUUUCGUUCCUCGGAAAUUAGCUUCGCCCCGCUAACUGCACAACUUCUCAAGACCUAUUCACGCAACACCCACAAUUGCGACCACAUCAAUGAUUUCUCAUUGAAGUCGGUGCAAGGCUCAGACCUUGAAAUUCGCUCGCUUACUCCCUUAUCGAACGCACAUAAUAUCAUCAGCACGAUGUCCACGACAGUUACCAGUGUUCCGGGUUCACCACCCGACCUGUCGGCCUCUCGAUCUUCCAAAUCGUCCUCUUAUUCCUCGACCUUCUCGAGUCCCGAUGGCUUGGAAGCAGACAUAAUCAAUUUCGAGGAAAUCGGCCUGGAAGACGACAAACAUGCAACGCCCAGAUUCUGUCAUUCGCGCGACGUUUCAACGCAGUCUGUAGGUUCGCAACACGAACUGAUCAAGACGAAAGACUCUGGCUCGGGGGAGAGAAAGCCCACGCUACCACAAAUACAGACUCAAGUCUCGGUGCCAGGACCUAGGCACGAUUCAGCACCGCCACGAAUAGCUGGCUCGAGACUGGCAGCUUUCAAGCGUGGGUUUACGACCCCGGAGACAUUUUACUCCAGUAUGAGAACUAGAUCGUCCUCGCCCCCAGAACAAAGGAAUCCUGCCUCCUUCUCGACUCCGUCACUCAGUGCUGGCGGUCUUCAACCUAUUCCCCAAUCACCGGCAAACACUCUGGGAGUGCAAGGCAGGCGGGCCUCAUGGCAGCCUCACAGAAAAAGUGUCAAAGAAUUGGAGGCAGAAUAUCAUGAUUCCGAUGAUGAGCUCCCUGAGGAUGCAAGUUUAUGGAACGUCCCUCUCUCUCCUCAUGCUGCAGGACAAAGAUCACACCGUUCCAGCUUCCGCGGAAGCCCGGAAAGGGAUCAACCAGCUCCGAGUCCACGACCCAUACCUCUUGAACACGCCCGAACAGCUCCAGAAGUACCACCGCGGCCAGGACUGCACUCUCAAAGCCUACCAAAGAACAGAGCCCCUCCGAGGUCAUUCUCACUCACACCCGCAACGUCAAAUCCAUCAUCCCCACGCAAAUCUGGCCAUACUCUCAAUGGCAGGACAAAAUCGUGGAACAUUGCCAUGGCCGACUUGAGCGAGGAAGCAAGAAUCAUUUCUGAGGCGUUGGAGUAUCAUGCCGAGGCGAAGGAACAAGAACGACUCGAAAGAGUUCGAGGGGGAUCAUCUCGGGGCAGCCCUGAAACCUCGAUGGACCGAGGUUCGAGAUCCUCAUCCAUUCAGCUUCCUCCAAUCCAAAAGAGUGCGUUGGAUUUCAUGCCGAUUUCCAGGGAAAAAGAGGCCAUCCUGUCACGGACGAGACCAUCGUGGUUACCACCAAAAGAUCCGAAGGAGGAGAGACGGCAUCUGAGAGAGUACCAGCGGAUGAUGGCCGCAUCAAUUGAAGCCGAAAAGAAACGUCGCACAAAGCUGCAGGUUCAGCAGUGCGAAAAAGAUGACACCAGAGAGUCUUUAAAUCGGAUCUGGCAUUAUUAUAUUGACGAGACUACGGAUAUCACAACCAUCGACAAACGAGUCAAUGACCUUUGCUGGCGUGGAGUCAGUCCAAAUCUUCGCGGGAAGGUUUGGCAAAGAGCAGUGGGAAAUUCUCUUGGUCUUACUGUCCAGAGCUACGAAAAAGCUUUGCAGCGAGCAAAGGAAAUCAAAAAUCGAAGUGGCGGCCGGCUUGACCGAGACGAGAAGAGCAUGGAAAGAUGGUUUGUCGAUAUCGAACGAGACGCAGAGACAGCUUUCCCUGAGCUCAACCUGUUCCAAAGGCACGGACCACUCUGGCAGGAUCUCAUUGACGUUUGUGAAGCGUACGCAUGUUAUCGGAGUGACGUGGGGUACAUCUACGGGAUUCAACUUAUUGCUGCAUUACUGCUAUUACAACUAUCAACCCCGACCGACGCCUUUAUCCUACUGGCCAAUUGUCUGAACCGUGCUGUGCCGCUGGCAUUCCAGACCGAUGAUACAACUAUUACAAAUCGCACCUAUAAUCACGCUGUGUCGACUUUGGGAAUCAAGUUCCCGCGUCUAUAUGAAUAUCUGUUUGGGUCCGUCGAACAAGGGGGUCUUGGUUUCCGCGGAGAGGAAGUUUUCGAACCAAUGCUCCGGACAAUCUUUUCAAAUGGGCUGGAUGUCGACCGUCUUUGUCGGAUCUGGGACAUUUGGAUCUUUGAGGGCGACCGGACACUGGUCAAUGCGGCGGUGGCUAUCUUGGGCAGCCUCCAACAGCAACUCUACGAUGUGCAGGGUGACACUGAUUUGAAAAGGCGCAACAUCCAAGAGAUGUUGGGAUGGGGUCCCUUCAACCGUCUCCCUCAAUCCGGGCAUUGGAACCUCCAGUUGAUGGGUGAUGAAGACAAGUUUGUGGAAGAAGUGCGACUCGCGGGAAUGCUCGACUAUACCGGCAAAUAA